AUGCGCCGCACGGAGCCAUCAUCGCCGCAAGGCGCAGGACGAGGGAAAAGCCUGAUAGCUAUGAGAACGAAUCAGGCACAGCAACGAAGGAUGCAAACCAAGAGUCAAUUACCAAGGAGCUAUUCAUCGCCAGCACCAGAUAAUGAUCUAGACAAUACAACGUCUCAAAGCAACGCAAUGAAAGGUUAUGUAACCAGAAGCUUCUCAUCUCCUGAACCUAAGUACGUUGAUUAUAGACGUAAUUCUGAUUCAUUCUAUAGACCAAAAACUCACGGCUCCAGGGGGGAAUUAGAUUCGGACUUUGACAAUUUUGGACCGUUUGAAGAAGGUUUUAUGGAUAUAGACGCGGACCAAGAUGACAAUGUUUUGGGCACCGUCAAAAGAAGCUCUGAGAAGAAUACAGCUAAAAAAGUGGUAACGUCUUUGUUGCCUGGCAGUGGGUUACAAAGAAUUUCGAUUAGACCCAUUUCUUCGAGUACUACUCAAUCAUUGCAAAGCGCUGGAGAUGUCAUGAAACAGAUGCAUAAAGAAGAGAAAUACGGUCGUCUAAACUUCAGGCCAAUGGUACUAAAAAUGCCAGCGCGUCACUCCGUCCGGGAACAACAAGAGGUACAAGGAGUUGAGGAGCUACAGUCGUCUCCACCGCUGGAACUCGAAGCAGCAGAACUAGAGAGAGAGCUAGAUAGAGCUGAACAACAUCUUGAGAGAGAAAUUUCUAUUGCCACGGAGGAGAGUGAUGGUGAUACGGUACGUUCGGAAGAAUCAUUGCUUUCUGCGGACAAUACAACGAAGAGUGCACGAUGGAUACCAGAGUUCAACUUCGAUGGCAAAAAUUUAAAACACAACGGCGGCGCCAAAGAAAUGGCCUUCGUUAUGGAAAACCUGAAGAAAGGCGGUUUGGUAUCCCGCCAAAACCAGAGCCUCAAUACGCAAGUGACGAGCUCUUCAAGCCAGCAGAUGGUUUCUAGUACAACAUCGAGCAGCGCUUCAACUAGUCAGCGAAUGCAAAGCUCUUCACAGCGGCUACAACAUAUUACAUCUGAGAUGAAAACAAAUUCUAUGAAAUCCGAUCUCUCAGAGCUUCAAAGUUCAAUAUCUGAGAUGAAGAAUUUGAGUAACACAAGAAAUUUUGGGCCACGACUGAGAAGUUCAAUGGAGAAUAUCGUUGACCAAGAUGACCUGACGGACCGGCACAUACCAGACAUAAGGGAUCUUAGCGAAAUGAGUGAUAUCGGCGAUAUCAGUGAUAUUAAUGAGCUUCCAUCAGACGGACCUUUAGUGACUUUUCCGGAAUCCGACACACCACCCCCUAUCAGUGAUAAACCCUCUUUACUUUCGGCCAGCACUGCUUCUAUUGGUUCCAACAGCGCCAACGAGUUAAAAUACAGUACCGCCCGUGUAACAUCGGCAAGUUCGACACGCGUUGUUGCUGAUGGAUACAGUGCUUCAAGAACAGCAGCUAAUAGUGCGAAAAUGAGGCGGUUGCAGCACGGCAAUGUGCAAUACGCAGAGAGUAGCGCUGCCGGAGCCUCCCACCGGAUGUUACAAGCUGACGGACUAACUGCGGAGCAAAAGGCCGCGUACCUUCAGGAGCAGCGAUCACUCAAGGCUGGCGAAGUAACCGCCCAAGAAGCAAACAAUAUGUCCGCUUCGAGUUCUCGAUUGCAGACAGAGGCUUUCAGUGCUGAGAAAAAAGCUAUGGCCAAAGCGCAAGCACGGCAAACCGUAACCUCCAGCGGCAUGUACAGCCACAAAGAACACAUUGCACAUUCUAACAUGACCAUAUCCAGCAAAAAUAUGUCCACGAUCUCAUCUCAGAUGACUCAACUUUUAAACGGUACAAUAAAACCUGGAGAUGAAGAUUUGACUAACUUAAGUUUUGAAGACUUAGAUAGACUAAAUGCAAACUCCAAUCAGGGUGAUGUCGAAUUAGCUAUUAAAAAAUACUCGUCAAGAUUGAACGCUUUUAUUACAUCUAUAAAGAAGAAUCAAAUAGACAUGAGGAAUUCGUCUGUACAUUUUGAUAAAUUAAAUGAAAUGCUAAGAAGGGCUUGGGCGGUACCGACUCAUGGACAUGAACUUGGAUACUCAUUGUGCAAUGCGCUACGGGUAUCUGGGGGACUAGAUAUAUUAAUGGCAAAUUGCUUGGAAUGUAGUAAUCUGGAUUUACAAAUCUCCUCCGCAAAACUUCUCGAGCAAUGUCUCACAACAGAAAACAGAGCGCAUGUAGUAGAAAAUGGACUCGAGAAGGUUGUCAAUGUAGCGUGUGUUUGUACAAAAAAUUCUAAUUCAGUAGAUCAUGCACGAAUAGGUACUGGAAUAUUGGAACACUUGUUUAAACAUAGUGAAAGCACUUGUAGUGACGUUAUUAAUUUAGGAGGUUUGGAUGCAAUACUAUUUGAAUGCAGAAAGAAUGAUGUAGAGACACUGAGACACUGUGCAACCGCCCUUGCCAAUUUGUCACUUUAUGGUGGUGCUGAAAACCAAGAAGCCAUGAUAAAAAGGAAAGUACCCAUGUGGCUGUUUCCGUUAGCUUUCCAUAACGAUGAUAACAUCAAAUAUUAUGCCUGUUUAGCUAUCGCUGUUUUAGUAGCUAACAAAGAAAUUGAAGCUGCAGUUCUUAAGUCGGGCACCUUAGAAUUAGUGGAGCCGUUUGUAACGACACACAAUCCAUCUGAAUUUGCACGCUCAAAUCUGGCGCAUGCCCACGGCCAAAGCAAGAAUUGGUUGCAAAGGCUCGUCCCUGUAUUGAGUUCAAAGAGAGAAGAGGCAAGAAAUUUAGCAGCUUUUCACUUUUGUAUGGAGGCUGGUAUAAAAAAGCAGCAAGGAAACACAGAAAUAUUCAGGGAAAUAGGAGCUAUAGAAUCGUUAAAGAAAGUUGCAAGUUGCCCCAAUGCAGUAGCAUCUAAAUAUGCCGCACAAGCUUUACGACUUAUAGGGGAAGAGGUACCACAUAAAUUAUCACAGCAAGUACCUCUAUGGUCAAUUGAAGAUGUCCGUGAAUGGGUGAAGCAAAUAGGGUUUUCUGAAUAUGCUACUAAUUUUUAUGAGAGUCGAGUUGAUGGAGACCUAUUACUGCAAAUAACAGAAGAAAAUCUUAAAGAAGACAUUGGUUUACAAAAUGGAAUCAAACGAAAAAGAUUCACCCGAGAGCUACAACAACUGAAGAAAAUGGCAGAUUACACCUCUCGAGAUACGGGGAGUUUAAACGAUUUCCUUCAGACUAUCGGUCCCGAGUAUACCAUCUACACAUACUCCAUGUUAAAUGCUGGUGUCGACAAGGAAUCAAUUCGCGGGCUUAGUGACGAACAACUGGAAAAUGAGUGUAGAAUUGUCAAUAGUAUACAUAGAUUAAGAAUUUUAAAUGCCAUCAAAGUUUAUGAAAGUUCACUUCCUAGUAAAGGAGAAGAGAAUAUGGAGAAGAACCUUGAUGUUUUCGUAAGUUAUCGAAGAUCCAAUGGCUCCCAGCUGGCCAGUUUACUAAAAGUCCAUCUCCAACUGCGAGGUUUUACAGUAUUUAUAGAUGUGGAACGAUUAGAAGCUGGCAAAUUUGACAACAAUCUACUUCAAAGUAUACGACAAGCAAAACAUUUCUUACUGGUUCUUACUCCAAACGCACUUGAUAGAUGUAAGGAAGAUACAGAUCAAAAAGACUGGGUUCAUCGGGAAAUAGUGGCAGCGUUGCAAUCACAAUGUAACAUUGUACCAAUUAUCGACAAUUUUGAAUGGCCAAAUGCGGAGGAGCUUCCGGAGGAUAUGCGUGCGGUUUGUCAUUUCAACGGAGUACGAUGGAUACAUGACUACCAAGAUGCGUGUGUAGAGAAACUAGAAAGCUUUCUACGCGGAAAGUCCAAUCUCGCCACGCGCCUUGAGGGGCCUUUAAGAGUUCGUGACGUGCCAACGCCUGGCACGGCUGCCAUAGGUCGGGGACCACCAAAUUACCAGCGUAUGACCUCUUGCGAGAGUCGAGGCAGCGACAAAACGGAUUGACUAGAGUCACCCAUACACACCCUACCACCUGUUAGACCACGACGAAGCCGUCAGUCAUCACUAGAAAAAGCUUUACGAACAACUUCACAGAGUUGUGAUCAACUUUCUAAUUAUAGCACAUCGAUAAGCGCGUCACCUGAAAAAUCGCUAUACAGCCUACCUGAAAGGUUAUCAGAGAGUAGUGACAAUAUAGACACUACUGAUUUAGACAAAACUUCACGUAGGUGUCGUAGCUGCGAGGGCAUAUUAGAUGCAGAUGAACAAACGCACACGCAACUUUCUUUGCCUACGCCUUUAGAUGCCGCCACGCAGACCAAGCGAAAGAAGAAUUUCAUGGACAGAUGUGUUAAUAAAGUGAGACUGUGCUGAUAAACAGUUUUAGUAAUGCAGAAAUACGUUACUGCAGAGUGUGUAUGGAAACGACUGCCUUAUUGGACUUUUAUCGAAUAUUUAAUCGAAUAUUUAUGUAAAUUUUAAAGUACAAAAACGCGCACAAUGUGUAAAUAUUUCGUUUAUGCCAUUAUAAAUUAAGUUAGCUUGAACACUGCAAUGUUUUACAUAUUGGUACAUAAUUAAAAAGAUAUAAUCUCAGUGUUAUGAGUGCAUGCAAGAAUUUAACUGUAACAAGGUAAUCUUGCCCUGGGUAAAAAAUUGCUACCCUGCUGUGUUUUAAGAACAUCGCACGAGGUGGUAAUAAUAUUAGAAAUAACACUUUAUUACGUAGUAUGGUGAAACUGCUUACAAUCCUUGACUUGUUUUAUUUAUCUCUUUGUCUCUCUUCAUUCUCUCUAUGUAUAGAAUUUACAUAAUGAACUUAUGGAUGUAUUUUUUGUCUUAGUAUCUUGCCAAUAAAGUAUUUUUAAAUACAAAACUAUACCUACGUACGAAAUUAUAAUUUGAAUAUUGUGAUAGCUUAGAUCUUGUAUGUUGUAAAAACUGUUUGCAAUAAAAUCAAAUUAAAAUAUAAGUAUGGAAAUGUCGCUAGUACCUAAUUUAUUACUUCAGCAAUAUUGAAUUCGAUUUGUACCUUUUUAAAUUGUAUAAUAUUUUACCCUUAGGUUAUACUUUAGUUAUUUAACAUAGUCUUUCACUUUUAUGAGUAACAACUAUAUUUACUCAGGAGAAUAUAUAAAUAUUAUAUUUAUGUACUAGCUAGCUCUAACUGCAAAAUAAAUGGUAUCAUUAAAC